AACGGAAGUGGUACUGCCCUGAACGAUACGCUAGACGGAGGACGGAGGCUGAAUCGUCCAGAGGAAAAAGUAGGAUCUGAGAGUUGCCAAUAUUUCUAGAAAAUGGAUAAGAACGAAAAGGUACAGAAGGCCAAGCUUGCUGAGCAGGCAGAGCGCUACGAUGACAUGGCUGCUGCCAUGAAGUCUGUGACUGAGGAGGGUGGGGAGCUCUCCAAUGAGGAACGCAACCUGCUUUCUGUUGCAUACAAAAAUGUGGUUGGUGCACGCCGUUCAUCCUGGCGUGUUAUCUCCAGCAUUGAGCAGAAAACUGAGGGCAAUGAGAAAAAACAGCAGAUGGCUCGUGAAUACCGGGAGAAGAUUGAAGCUGAGCUACAGGACAUUUGCAAUGAUGUGCUGGGGCUUCUGGAUGAGUAUCUCAUUGCCAAAGCGUCCUCUGCUGAAAGCAAGGUGUUUUAUCUGAAAAUGAAAGGCGAUUAUUAUAGAUACCUCUCUGAGGUAGCAUCUGGGGACUCCAAGAGCACUACAGUUGAAAACUCCCAGCAAGCGUAUCAGGAUGCAUUUGACAUCAGCAAGAAGGAUAUGCAGCCAACACACCCCAUCAGGCUUGGCCUUGCCCUCAAUUUCUCGGUCUUCUUCUAUGAAAUCCUCAACAACCCGGAGAGGGCCUGCCUCCUGGCCAAGUCGGCAUUUGAUGAAGCCAUUGCUGAACUUGACACUUUGAACGAGGAUUCCUACAAAGACAGCACCCUAAUCAUGCAACUACUUAGGGACAACCUGACUCUGUGGACAUCAGAAAACCAGGGAGAUGAGGGAGAGACCGGAGAAGGGGAAAACUAAUGGAAUUGCACUGUUAAUCCACCUACACUCUUAUCUUAAACACAGACAGCUUAUAUACAUCCCCCUCCACUCCAUCAGCCCCUCCCCCUUCUGUAUGACAAGCAGCCUGAAUUGCUCCUGACCAACUAGUUUACCCCUCUCAGUUCACUGUGAGGCGACAGGGUAAUUUUCAGUUGUUAGCAGGUUCAGUCACUUUGUGGAAAAUCAUGUAUUGAGUAGCAAGUCCAUGUUGCUGUUUUUGUUGGCUUUGUGUGCAUGUGUCUGCUAGGUUGUGUUUUGAGAGAGAGCUGGUGUGAUUUGACUUGAAUGGCUGACUGGCUGUGAAUGGGGUGUGUGCGUGCGUGUGCGUGCGUGUGUGUGUGUGUGUGCAUGUGUGUGUUUAUGUGUGUGUGCGUGGUGGUGGGGGGGUUGUGAAUUCUAAUCGUCCUUCCUUAAUGCCUUUGUCCCCACUAGGUUGUUGUGUGUUUUUCCAUCCUUUUUUUUGUUACAUUAUUUUUUUUGUGAUUCGUCAUGGUAUUAACAGGUUUUACGUAAGGUCACUAAACUGGCAGUUGAUUUUCACCAAACACUGUGAUGCUAGGUGUUCCGUUUGCUUCACAAACCAAAUUGUUUGAUUUUGAAAUUCAGUCACUGUACAAUCCUGUAUUUAAGUAACUGCAAUUCUGCUGUGGGCUCAUACAGAAAGGAGGCAGGCUGUAUUGUGACACUGGCAUCUUGGUGUUGUGCUCUCUGAUCAUGUUCACAAAUUAAACAUUUAAGUUUGAUUAAGGGAGCCCUUAGUGUCAUGUUAGAUUUCCCCAAUGUAAAACAUUCCACUUUAUUAGUUUUUUUUUUCUUAAGGCAGUGCUUUUUUAUAUAACUGUGGAUUGUUGUUGUCGUAGUUAAACUUGCUAUUCAGGUGCUGCUUGAACUCAGUACAAUGAAAAUUGUAUGUGCUUAAAUGUGGUUCCAUGUAUUUUGCAAGACUGGCUUAUCAUCUGUAUGUAAAACAUGAAGUAACCUUUUAUUGAUGUUAAUUGAAACUGUUAUCACACUGUACCAACCCUGCUUGCAAAAUAUUCCUCUUACAGCGGUUGUUUUCUCAAGUUUUCGUGCCUGGCUUUCUCUUGCAGCCUCUGGUAUUUUAGUCAGUGGCAGCAGCUAUUUUGUUUUUCUUUUUAGAGAAAUUUCAGGAAGUGCAAGUUUGACUGGACACAUUUCCAUUCACAACAAAAAUUGAGAUUUUGUCUUAACCAAGGUGUUUCACUCAUCAGUUUAAGGUCGCCAGUAUGAACAAUGGGCUCUGAAAUUAUUUUUACUUUCGAUAUGCACAUAUGAGAACCCCUCCAUCACUUUGGAAGAAGCUCAGUGUCACAAUACCAUGUUCUCCACUACAUUCCACAUACUGUAGUUGAAGACACCAUUCCACAUAUAGCUGACAGUCUGUUUACUUUGACAAUGUUCCAAUGGAUUGAGAUAAUCUUAAGUUGAAAAAAAAUUGUGUCAAUUUAUCUCUAUGCUUGAUAAAAAUGCAGUUAGUGAAUGUGGAACAAAGCCUGUCUGUUUAUCAGGUAUCUCAACUUGCUUUGUUUUUACUGACAAGUCUUCUGGCUAAAAUUUGCUUCUGUAACAGUCUAUUACCCAGUGCACACGUGGUUGUGAAAAUUUUAGAAUAGCUCAAGAGCAAUGAUGAAAUGGAGAUAAACAAUGGUUGGUGUAAUUCUAGAUUUGUGUAUGUAUCUUAAAACCAUUCUAGUUUCACUAUACAUGUAAGAAAUAGGAAAGUGUCAAAGACCAUUCAGUGAAAUAAAGUUUCGUUUAAGAUAACAGGCAAA